AUGGCAUCAUUCAAGGAGACCUCAGUAUCCCGGUCCACCGCCCCGGUGGGCAUGCCCGUCCGGCAACCCCAGUCUAGAAACCACUCGCAUUCGGUAUCCCUGGGGGCCAUCAACGCCAACCACCGCGUCACCCGCCGGAAGAGCGUCAGUCGCAAGGGAACAGAGGCUAGCUCCAUUGGAGCCUCCUCCGGCUUCAGUUCCUACCUGUCUCGCGGCCUCCAAGCCGCCGCCAGCCCGGACAGUGCCGCUACCUCUCCCGCUCCCGCCGUCGUCCGCAAGACCUCGCCCAGCUCGAUUGACGAGAACACGGCCGUCGAUGGGACGGCCCCGGUUGAGAAACCUGUCACUACUAAGAACCGCAAUCGACGAGCUAGCGAGGGUUCGCCCUUGAUGCGCGCCGAAGGCAAACGCGUCUCAACUGAGCUACGUUGUGAUCAAUGUGGCAAGGGAUAUAAGCACAGCAGCUGCUUGACCAAGCAUAUGUGGGAACAUGAUCCCGCAUGGGCGGUAACCUCGAAGCUCCUAAUCUCCAAGCACCAGCAGGUGCAGCUUCUUGAAGCCGCCACUGUUCUCGUGGCCAUGAACCUGGAUGGCCCGGAGAACGAGUCGGAUAACUCAUCCGCAUCUCCAGAUGCCUCGUCGGAACUGCACGACGGCAUCAGCUCGGCUGAGACGACACCACCGCCAGCCGAUGAUUACGACGACGUGGCCGAACUGGAAAAGCACCACCCUUCCGCAUUUUCGCGCUCCUACCACUCUGUCGCCUCCAGUUCAUAUGCCGACAGCGGCCCUCUUUCUCCUGCCUUUUCUUCUCAUUUCCGGCAAUCCAGCAUUGAUACGCGUCCUUCAACGGCGGAGACCAUGGCUGGUCACGACGACGACGACACCGAUGCCGCCGACCUGGCUGCUGCAAUCCGGCUGUGCAACUUUGGCACUCCUCGAUCCAGCGCACAAACUAUGCCCAACGAUGUUCCGCCUGUUCCGCCGCUACCUGCCCGUUACCUGAGCCAGCAGGGAGCCGGGCCGUCGAAGAGUGUCAACGGCGGCAGCCUGGGUCUUGCCGGAUCCAACCCGGCAGUAUUUGGUUCCUUUACUCUGAACCCCUCACAAUCCUACAAAGUCUCAGAUGAGCGAGACGUGAAGAUGGGUGACGCAGACCGCGAGUCUCGACACCGCCGCAACAACGACGUCGACUUUGGCAGCCGCCAUGCGCACGACGACGACGACGAUGGUGUUUUUGGUCUCAUGGAAGAGUGA